AUGGAUCAUCGGUUCCCAAUCACCCGCGACGACCUCUUCAACAUCCAGAUGGAUUUGAAGCAAAUCCAACUGGUUCAGAGUAAUCAGGGCGAGAGACUGCUGAGGCUUGAAAGGCGUCAGGAACAGGAUGCCAGCCUCAAGUCUGUAUGGCAGCAGCAUCCAUUUCCUGGCGUUUUAGCCGGAACUCCCCAGCAAGGGCCGAUUCAUGUAUCACCCAACGACAUGUUUGAUGAUUUCGAUGAGCAAGGCCAGCAUUUGCUGAGCUCGCUCCAUCUUGGGCCGGCCGAGGAGGAGCCUACCCGCCGCGGUGCUGCUUCUCGAGCGAACAGUGUACGAUUCGACGAAAGUGCGUUGCGGGGAGCAGACUGGUCAAGCCAAAGCAACCGCCACUCUGGUGAAUUUGGACCUCCGCGUCCGAGCAGUGGCUUGAUGAUGGAGAGGUCUCUGUCCCACAAAUCGGACGGACGACACAGUUCAGCUGGCCAUUCUGUCCACUCCUUUCAUUCUGUGGCAUCUGGCCGAGCGAGCAGCUUGGGGCUGGAUACCAAUUUCAUGGUCAGCAGCCACGAGGGCGACUCUCCUGUCGACAUGCCAGAGCCGCCGCCAGGCCUCUUUUUCUUGGGAUCCGUACCGACCAUUAUCCGAUGCUGGCUCACGACCAACUUUGCGCACGAUACCGUUCUGUACGCUGACCUAUGCACGGGCUCUCAGAAGUCUGUGGUGGACUAUUCUGUCAUCAAGGACCUUGGCAUGUUGGAUGAGAUUCAACGCGAUGUUGACGGCACUUACAAAAUCCGGCUCUCGGUCUACCUAGUUGAAGCGACCGUCUCCGAACGGAGCAGCCGGUCUUCGAGUCCGGGCCACCAGAUGCCAAGCCUCCUGACCACGUUUGAGGUGUCUGGCAUGGAACAGGCCGAAGGAGCUGAGCCAAAGCGGGGCAUCCAGAUCUUCAUCGGCAGCGACACCCUCCGAGCUCAUCAGGCCGACAUUCUCCUUUCCCAAAACCGCAUGAGUCUGUACGGCAGCGAGCGCGAAAAACUGUCGGUACCUUUCGUGCGCCCCGAGGAUGAAGGUGCGUUCAAGCACAUCAGCACAACCAACCUCAUCCCAGAGAAACCUCGGCUCAACGCCAACGCCGCCCCAUUUGUUUCCGGAGACCCGCGGCCGCAGGCCUCCACAACGCACGACACAUUAGAGAACAGCGUCUCGGGCGUGCAGCCUGAGGAUGCCGAGUCUCAGGGUCCGUUGUCCCCACUGGGACAUGACUCUGUACCCGACAAGUCGGUUGGAGCAAGCAACCUGUCUGAAAGUGGCGGGGAGAGUGAGAGGACAGGCAAAGAUCACGCCAGCGGGUCCGAGUCCGGGGCCCGAGAACCUUCAGUUGUGCAGAAUAGCUCAGCCAGCACAGAUGGCAGCCGGCGUGAGUCUGCUGGAGGCAUCUGGAGGUCAUGGCGGCAGGGAACUUCGGCAAGCGGGAGUGAGAACGGGCAACGAGACGCCAACGGUCCCUUGAGCGGGUACCAGCCUGCGGGCCGCUCAAGUCGGAAUAUGAAGGUGUUGAAGCCCCUGAAAUCGGGCUCAUCAUCCUCUGCCCGAACCGGGGCGGCUUAUGAGCCGCCACCAGCGCCGAGGACCAGCGGCGAACAUCGGCGAAAGAGCCAGGCUAGCGUAGCGGCAGAGAGCACGCCCCCAGCAACGGUUCGCUGGGAGCCCAAGAGGUCAGUCAGCAGCGUCAGCAGCACGACAGAAGCCAAGGCUCAACGUGAAACGAAGAACGCGGGCCCGCCUCUGCCGCGGUCGGUGAACCCCAUCGGAGGCGCAUCCGCAUUCUCGUGGAUGAACCCGGCAGGAAAAGCGAAGCCAACGGCAACGGCCGAGUAG